AUGGAGAAAGUUGAUGCAUACCAGCCCGUCGGUCCCAAGGAUAAGACAGUUCCGAUAUUACGGGCAUUCUACGCCUACCUUCCGGAAAAUGGGAAGGUCAAUUUCCUCCACCAUCUCCAGUCACUUCAGACCAACCAACAACUGCAUGAUCAUGCUCAGUCCGACGGCCUAGUGGCACCAUUAAGAUCGCUGCGCUCGACCCCAAGUAUUUCCCCGCCUCUCGGAAUGGAGGACUCCAUUGACAAUAUCGCUUCCGAUUCGGCCGGGCCUAUGCGAAGAGAAGCUCGCCUCAAGACAGAGUGCCUUGCCCGUGAUGGCAGUAGAUGUGUUGUGACUGGACUUUUCGAUGAAGAUUCUCUUGAUGCAAGUAACACCAGCCCCUCAACAUACACAGAGUGCGUGUAUAUCAUCCCGUUUUCCCUUGCAUCGUGGAGCACGGAGUCUGAAGGCUAUGCAAAAGACAUCGUCUGGACAAACCUUAUCCGCCAUUUUCCAACUAUCCAGGCGAUAAACUUCAACCGGGAGAAUAUCAACGAUACUACUAAUGCGAUAACUAUGUCGAGUGAGCUACGUCGGUCCUUUGGCCGGUUUGAUUUUUCGUUCGAAGAGACCUCCCAGCUCCAUAAAUACCGCAUUCAAAACUACCGCCCACGACUACGACUACACCUCCCUCGAACUGUUGCAUUCAAUUGGUAUGACCAAAGAUACGAUCUUCCGCGCCCCGAGCUUCUCAAGGUUCAUGCAAUUAUCGCGCGUAUCUUUCAUGCAUCUGGCGCAGCGGAGCAGAUCGACAAGGCCCUCCGUGAUCUAGGAGAGCACUGUAUACUAGCAAAGGAUGGUAGCACUGAUAUUUCUUCUAUGUUGGCCGCAACAACACUAGGUGUCCUCGGUUCCCGCGCUGGCAACGUCUAG